UACCAAACAAAUUAGUAAGAAUUUUCGAAUAGCAGCAUUAAAAUCAUUUCAAUCUCUUGGGAAUAAAAUGAAAGUUUUUUCAAAUAAAUCAACAUUUUGUGUCUGUUCAAUAAUUUACAUUUUAAUUACAAUGCAAUCAUACGUGUUGAGCUAUAACGUUACAAAAUUCAAUACGCCAGCAGCCCGUCAAAUCAUGCGUUUGUCCAAAUCGGCCGAAAUGCGUAUCUAUAUGAAAACCGAAGUGGAUGCUUGUAAAGAUUUUUACCAAUACGCCUGCGGUAAUUGGCCAAAUAUUAAUCCUGCACUUAAUGAACCUAAAACAGGUAUAUUUGCCAUUUUGUCCAAGGCCUUCGAUCGUAAGAUAUUGAAAAUUUUACAAGGAACAAAAACUUUAGAAAGUACAGAAACUGAUACAAAAGUGAGGCAUUUUUUUGAAUCAUGUAUGCAACGUUUUCAAAAGAAUGAUAACUAUACAGAAAAUCUCAUAAGCAUAAUGGAAGAGUUUGGUGGCAUGCCUGCUCUGAAAGGUGCGGCUUGGCAGGAUACUAAAUUUGAUUGGCUAGAGACUAUAGCCCAGAUAUUACGAAAAUAUGGCUAUAAUAUAAUAUUGGGUGUAGAUAUCAAUUCAGAUUUAACCAAUAAUAAAAUAAAUCGUUUAUAUAUUGGUCAAUUGGAUGAUUUAAUAAGCAAUAAAUCUAAAGAAUAUUAUUAUGGUUUGUCCUUUUUAUGGCAAAUGCAAAUGCAGUCAGUAUUGGGCUUAUCUCCUGCACUAGCUUCUAACAUAUCCCAGGAAAUUACCGAUUUUGCUCAAAAUUUAGCUUCUGGUAUGAUAGAUCCUAUGGAAGGUUUGGGUAUAGAAGAAAAAACUCGUUUAAGAUCGCUGGAUGAAAUGUCCCAGAACUAUGGUCCUACUAUUAAUUUUACACAAUUUGUUAAGAGCUGGCUGGGUUACGAUUAUCGCUUGCCAGUCUAUGAAUAUGUUGAAAGCUAUAUACAAAAUUUACAUGACUUGAUAGUCAAAACUCCACGUAAAGUCUUAGCCAACUAUAUUAUGUGGGAAUUAAUACAAGAUUUUCGUUUGGAGACUCAAAAAAACGUUGAGAAGCAAAUAGAAAAAUGUGUGGAAGUCACUAAAAAACAUUUUCUAAAAUAUUUUAAUAAUCUCAUCUACAAACAACUACUUACCGAACAACCAGAAAUUAUUGAAGAAGUAAAAUCUAUGUGGCAACAACUAAAAUUAUCUUUUGAAAACAUAUUGCUGGCUUCCUCCUCCGGCUGGAUGCUGGAGUCUACCAAAAACAAGGCUUUGGAAAAGUUAUUGGCCAUGGAAAUUGAAAUAAAUGCUUAUGAGGAUGUUGAUUUUCAAACAGAAUACAGUUCAUUAAAAAUUUUAUCAGGUGAAUUCUUUGAAAACCUUAAAAGUGUUUUACAGCUGAGGGGACACAAUUUCAGGAUGAAAUUAGAAGAAGCACCAAAAUUGGAAGAGCAUAAAAAGCUUAGUUUUACACCAGCUUAUGCGGCGGAAUAUAAUCGUGUUAUACUACCCGUAGCUUUCCUACAACCUCGUUAUCUUUGGGAUGAUGUUUAUCCUAAAGCUCUGAAAUACGGCACUUUGGGCUUCAUAAUGGGCCAUGAAAUGGCGCAUGGCUUUGAUGAUACCAUACGUAAAUUUGAUGCUAAAGGAAAUCUUAAUAAUUGGUGGGAUCUCAAUGCCAGUGCGAUCUUUGAUGCACGCAAAGAAUGUCUACGUCAGCAGUAUGGCAAACAAAGAUUUGGUGGGGAACUGCUGCCCAAAACUCAGGCUCAGGGAGAAAAUAUUGCCGAUAAUGUCGGCAUACGUAUUGCCUAUGCUGCCUAUGAGAUGUGGUUAAGUGAAAAUUAUCAUACUCCAGAACAUUUACCCCAUAUGGACUCAAUAAAUGCCCGCCAAUUAUUUUUCAUAAGUACAGCCCAAAUGUGGUGUACAGAUAUUAAUCGUAUUCUACAUCAUAUACUUAUCACUACCGAUGUUCAUCCACCCGAAGAAGUUCGUGUACGUACGAUGUUUGCCAAUUUCGAUGCAUUCGCUGAGGCAUUUGAAUGUCAACGGGGUUCACAAAUGCAUCCGGUUAAGAAAUGUAUUAUUUUUUGAUCAAAUAAAUUGUAAGCUAUAAAUAAGUUAAAGGUUUUCUUCACAGAAGGGGGAAGGAUGGGGGGGGUUGUUCUAGAUUGAAGUAUUGUGAAUGAAUUGUUCACGACAAGUUCACGAUAGCAAUUUUCCUUUCGCGGGAAAUGAAAAUUUUUUAUUGGCGAUAUGGGUUAAUAUUGUUUUUGAUAUGGAUAAUUUUUUGUAGGAGUUAACUAUUUUGCAGGGGUAUGUAUUUUGUUACGGUGCGUCAUAUUUAAUCAAAAGGUAGUUUUUGAUAUUUUUGUAGCUUAGGGCAUUUUGAAUUUCAUAUGACAAUAUAAACAAAAUCUUAAAGAACAAAACGUCAGCAAACAUAAAAUCCGGACAAUUUCGCUAACAUUUCAUCGAUUUUUAAGUAAAAACCAAAAAGAAAAAAACGAAACUUGCAAAGAAAAUUUAAAAAAUUUUCAAAACAAAAAGGAAAACAUAACUUUAAUUUGAAAUAUUUUAAGUCUAGGCUUUAGAACUUAUUCUUUAAUAUUAUUAAAUUUUGCCAAUGAAAGCAGGUCUCUUACUAUUUGUGCUGAAACUUUUUUCUUUGUAGAGGUUUUAUGAUAUAUUUGCAUAUUAGUCCAGUAAUUUAAAACUUUUUCUACCGAAUGCUCGUGUGAACUUGGUAUUAUACAGAAUUAUUAUAAAAUUCGCAAGGUUUAAAUUAAGAAUGGACCUUUGAUCAUUAAUGUUGAUUUAUCUUUUUAUUUUAAAUCUCAAUGAAAACUUUAUGCUAAUUUUAAUUUUUUUUUUUUAAUAUUAAAAAAUUUUAUGUAAAUUUUACUGGACUUUUUCAGCAAAAACUUGCUGAUUUAUUUUGUGAUAAAAUGUAAAAAAAAAAACAACUUAUUAAAAAACAAAAACAUUUUAUCAAACAAAUGCUCUUUAGUACGGAAUAAAUUCUCUGUCGAAACGGUUGAAAAAUA